ACACGCAAAUAAGCUUUCGAAAAACGCAGGCCUAUUCUGUCUUUCUGAUAUAUCGUGCUCAUCCGCCUUUCGCGAAGGACUUCCAUGUUUCAUUAUUUCGUUCACGACCCCCUAUCACUCUCAUACAUAAGUCACAAUGGCAAUUGGCACCACCCCUAAAUCGGUCAUCGUCACCGGCGGUGCAAGCGGCAUCGGCCUCACCAUCGUACGCCACUUCGCUUCUCAAGGCGGCAAGAUCGCCAUCUUUGAUGUCAACGCAGCCUCUGGAAAGUCCAUCGCGUCCGAUGUCGCUUCGGAGUAUCCUCAAUCCACGAUAACCUUUCACCAGUGUGAUAUAUCUUCGUGGAAAGAACAGGCGCAGGCGUUCUCAGAUGUCUAUGAUGCAUUCGGUCGGAUAGAUAUCGUCUUUGCAAAUGCUGGUAUAGCAGAGGGGAUGUCGAAUGCCCUGGCGACUAUCCACCCAGACGCCCCCCAGGAGCCGAACCUGAAGGUGGUGGCCGUUGAUCUAAAUGGUGUCAUCUACUCUGUGAAACUUGCUAUUCAUUACAUUAGCAAGAAUGAAGUAUCUGGCGACUCUCGAGGCUCAAUCAUUUGCACAGCGUCAGAUGCCGCUCUCUAUUCGUUUCCAGUCGGACCGAUGUAUGCGGCUGCAAAGGCUGGUGUUAUCGGUCUCGUACGAUCGACGGCUCCCAUACUUGAUGACCUCAAGAUUCAGAUCAACACGAUGGCCCCAGCAGCUCUAGUCACGAAUAUCAUCCCCGACCCAGAAAUGUACAAGCACAUGGUAGUCACACCAAUGUCCACCCUGAUUAAGGGUGUAUCGAAGAUUAUAGGUACUCCAAGUCUGAACGGUAAAGUCGUAGAAAUUCACGACAACGAACCGACGAUCCGCGAUGAGCCUUACCAAUUCGUAUCUGAUGGAACUCGGCAUAAUCAGGAAAAGGCGUGAGAAAUGUUUAAGUUCUUCAAGUCUUCAACGGGAGGUCUCCAUACGCCCUAAUGGCGCCUCGAUGAAUACGAUUGCUACACAUUACAAGAGAACAUUGAUUUCCCAAUGCACAAACUAAGUCCACCCAAAACUGCGAGAUGUGCAUGGAUUGUGAGGUUAUUGUCCAAUUUCGUGAUGGUCACUUUAACUCGAACCACUUUCUUUCUCGAACCGAGGGAUCGGCUGUGGCCACCAACGCGGGGAAAUGACACUCUCUCAACUCCAUGAAAACCAAACCUCGGAUAACAGGUUCGUUGCUUCGUAUUCCAUACGCGUAAAGCUCCAAUCUCUCUAGCC